AUGGAGACACCUGGGCACAGCUGCAAGAUUAGCUUCGAUUUUUAUCGCCAGUUAUCGCUCACCGAAGACGAUAAAAAUAAAUUCGCCGCCCCCAAGGCAGGCCGAAAAGUCCAGCACGAUGCCGUCGUUAAGCGGCGCGAAACCAAGGGUGCCCCUUCCAAGGGCCUGCACGCGAGCGCCGUUAGCACCCUGCUAAACAAGAAGAAGAAGAAGAAGACGUACACUGCGGAGGAGUUGGGCAUACCGAAGCUCAACAGCAUUACCCCCAUUGGUGUCACGAAGCCUAAGGGCAAGAAGAAGGGCAAGGUCUUUGUCGAUGAUCCGGAGAGCAUGCGCACCAUUCUAGCCAUCGUUCAAGCGGAGAAAGAAGGCCAAAUCGAGUCCAAGAUGAUCAAGGCACGCCAAAUGGAGGAGAUUCGCGAAGCGAGAAGGCAAGAGGCUGAGAAGAAGGAGGAGGAGAAGAGUGCCAAGCUCGAGGAGGUCAAGGAUUCCAUGCGCAAGAAGAGGAAGCGCAAGCUCCAGCUCGGCGGCGCUGAGGACAAGGAGAACACCAAAGAGUUCUCUUCCGGCGGAACCAAGGCCGCCAAACCCAAGAAGAAGAGGGUCGCCUUUGCAUAA